AUGGGUAACGAGAACUCUCAAUUAAGCGGUCUUAAAAUUGAAGAUAAAGCUAUAGAGAUUACUGAUUUUUGGUCCCAUUAUCAAGCUACGAUUAACGACAGUUGCAGAUAUUUUAGCCUAAAAGAUGAUGGAUCUGUAUCAGUAUUUAAAGGAGAAGUGGUAUUAGGCCCACUUUGGGUGACAUCAACACCAUUAGAAAAGUAUUCGAACAAUCUUCUGAAAUAUCGACAUCCAUGUAUUGUUCGAUACAUAUCUUCAUGGCAGCAAAGAACUACUUUUCAUUUGGUUACGGAGUAUGUGCAACCCUUGUCACAUGCUUUAAUGAUACAGACACCUCUCCAAAUUUGUAUUGGAUUAAAUAAUGUUUUGAGAGCUUUAGUAUUUCUACAUGAACAGGCUGGUGUAUCCCAUAAUAAUGUCAGCGUAUCUUCAAUAUAUGUAUCAGGAGAUGGUCAAUGGAAACUUGGGGGCUUACAAUACUUGUGUGCUUUUUCUGACUUGAAUUCCACCUACCUAAAACAUGCUAGAAUUCACAGAUAUGACAAAGCUGUAGAUCCAGAUGAAGACUCUCAAGAACUAACUACAAAGGUCGAUCAAUAUGGAUUUGCUGUUUUAGUGGAUGAUGUGUUCAAAGACUGUAAAGAUGAUGAUGUCCCCUAUUUAAAAGAAUUCAGAAAAUAUUGCAAAGAUAUUCUCCAAAAUAACGACCCAGCCCAAAGGCCUAAUUUAUCUGAAAUCCUUCAGCACAAUUUCUUUAAUCAUGAAUUUAUAUCUAUUUAUAAGUUUUUAAAUUUUUUGCCCAUAAAGAAGGAAGAAGAUAAAUGUCAAUUUUUUACCAAUAUUUUACCAACUCUUGAAUGUUAUGAUGAAGAAACUGUUGCUAAACAACUUGGAGGACUAUUGUUAUCAAGGAUUACACUUUUGGAUCCAACAGCAAGAAGAGAUGUGAUUCCUUAUAUUUUAAAGCCGAAAAAUGAAAGAUUACAAAAUGGGGAACAUAAUGGCUUAUUUAGCUUAAAUGUAUUUAAGGAGCAUUUGAAGCCAAGAUUAAUGCAGCUUUUUGGAGUAAGAGACAGUCAAGUACGAACGCUUCUUUUGUUGCAUUUCUCAAAAUUUGUACAUGUUUUUUCUCAUGAAGAACUUUCACAACAUAUUUUGCCAGAGUUAUUACUUGGCAUUAAAGAUGUAGAUGACAAUUUGGUUGCGUCAACUUUAGUUUGCCUUAGUGUAUUGGUUCCAAUAUUGGGAGCGGAAGCUGUUGUAGGAGGUAAAAGGCUUAAAUAUUUCACUGAUGGUAGACCUAAAUCAAAAAAUAAUAUUAUGGUGGGCACAAGUAUACAGAAAGAUGACAGGUUUUCAAAACCCAUAAGUGAUUUCCAUUGCUCAGAGGAAGUUUAUAAUACAAGUUCUAGUUUAACUUUUGGAAAAGCGAUAACAUUAAAUGAAAGACCUUCACCAGUUGGAGGUGAAUCACAAGAUGAAAACAUAGUAGUGGAACAAAAUACCAAUAACUCAGUUGACUCUGACAAUGAAUGGGAUGAUUGGGAUAACCCAAAUCGUCAACAAACUUUAGAAAAAAAUAGUAAUGAUGAUAAAGUUGCUAACAAAGUUCACAUUGAUGGUGAAUUAGAAGAAGUUAAUCUCAUAAAUAUAAUGGAAGAAACUGUAACAAAAAACUCAUUAGCAGAUAUUACUUUGUUGCAAAAAGCAGCAUUAGAAGCUAAGAAAACCAUUGUUGAUAUAUCGGAAUUGGACAUUAAAUAUCAAAAAAAUGAUUAUUCAAAAAAUAAUAGCGAUGAAUUUGACUUCUUUGCCGACAUGAUGCCAGUUAUAGAAAAACAAAAGGUUUUAAGUUUAUCAACAACUUAUAAACUACAAGACACAAGUAGCAAGUUUAAUUUUGUUCCUGAUGAAGAAUGUGAUGAAAAUGAGGGUUGGGGGGAAAAUUGGAGUUAA